AUGAAUGUUCCAGUAAAGCCAAUCGACAGUUGGUCUUCUGGUGGAACCGACCUUCGAAUCUUUUCACGCAACACUUCCACACGAAAUGGAAGUGAGUUCAACAAUUGUGAGGUCUGUUCAUCUAAAUUUGCAUGUCAAACUGGACUAUGCGUCUUUAACUCACUUUACGCGAACUGGGCCGACCAAGUUAUCAUCCAAGAAUGGUACCAAAAGGGUGGGCAAUUCGUCUCCGUGACCGAACGAGGCUCUACCUCAAUGGCUGCCUAA